GAAGUAACGGGAGGUCGGUGUGCUGCAGGUAGCUGAUGGUCUAAAUCACGUUUCUAGUCAAAUUUCCGCAGAAAACGCAGCAGACUCUCCUUGGAGCUCUGUGCUUUGGUCCUCCUCGCUCACUGACCGCCGGACUCUCCCGCAGCGUGCCCGCGGGGAGCCGUAGAGCCUCUGCGGAAGGAGAUGUACCGCGGUCGGCCUCCUCCGAGAGGAGGCUACCCGCCUCCAUUUGAAGGCCGGGGUCCGCCGCCACCGAGGCCUUACCCGGCCCCAGGCUACAGAGACGACCGGAGCCGGCCCAGACCUCCGUACCACUCCGGCUACCACGAACACGGACCCCCGGAUCCCUACCGCCGCUCCCCUCCGCGCAGGAGGUACCCUUCCCCCGGCUCAGGCAGCCACCGCGGUGGGGAAUACCGGGCCGGAGCUCCGCCGACAGAGAGACCUCCGUCUCCACGUGGGACGGUUCCCCUCGAUCACAACCUGGUCAUCACCGUUGGCAACGAGCUGACCGGACCUUCUGGCUCCGCCCUCUUACAUCAUCUCGAUAGGCCCGAGUACGAGGCCAUCCGGGGCCGGAGCCGACCUCGCAGCCGCAGUCCGGACCGGAGCCGGGCUAGAAGUCUGGGGCGGAGCAAGAGCCGGCCCCGGAGUCAGAGCCGCAGCCCGGACAGGAGUCGGGCCAAGAGCCGGGGCCGCAGCAGGAGCCGCAGCCCGGACAGGAGCCGGGCCAAGAGUCGGGGCCGCAGCAGGAGCCGCAGUCUCGAUCGCAGCCGGGCCAAGAGCCGGGGCCGCAGCAGGAGCCGCAGUCCUGAGCAGACCCGGGCCAAGAGCCGGGGUCGCAGUCCCGACCGGAGCCGGGCCAAGAGCCGGGGCCACAGCAGGAGCCGCAGUCCCGACCGAAGCCGGGCCAAGAGCCGGGGCCGCAGCAGGAGCCGCCCCUGCAGCAGGUCUAAAUCUAGGUCCAGAUCCAGGUCUCGAUCCAGAGGAAGGAGUCGAGGACGAAGCUACAGCAAAGGACCAAGCUAUGCUCAGAGUAAGAGCCGACGUAGGAGUCGCAAUCGCAGUUGUAGUGGGAGCAGUAGCUCAAGCUUGAGCAGUCGCAGCAGAGGUGAUGCCGAGGAGAAGGCAAACAAAGGGUUUAAGGAACUGGAGAUGGCUCGGCGCAGGAAGGAGCUCGAGGAGUUGCUGACUUUACCAACAAAGUCCAUCCUGAAGAAACGCAACUCAGAGGACUCGCCAUCCAUCAGGAGCACGGACUCUCCUCGAGCUCUGGAUGGCUCCAUGUCCCAGCUGGCCGAUCAGCUCCUUCAGGCCGUUAAAGGCACCGACCCUCGCAUGGUGGCAUCUAUGCUGGCGGAGCUGCGGUCCGACCCACAGAUGGCUCGUCGCGCCGGCCUCGAUGCUGAAAUCAAAGAAAUCCUCAACCUGCUGGGGGAGACCACACCAGGGACCAGGGCUCAGGAGAAGGUGCUGAACGACAUUGAUGAUGAGGAGAGAUUCCUGUACGGUGACUCGGAGGAUCCCAAAUCGCCACCUGCACCAGAGCCGGUCCUGCACCAUAGUCUAGAUCUGUACGGAGACGUGACGGAAGAGGCGCUGUAUAAUGAUUACCCACCGCAGAAACCUGCCACUGCUCAGACAUAUGGACGCCCCCUUCAGGCUCCUUCUUCCAUGGAUGUGAGUUAUGUGAGCCGGCCCACCAUCAACCCUGACCAGAAUAUCACCGUCCAGGUGCCAAACCCCUCUUACCCACCAGGGACUGAGCCUCUGGCGGAGAGUGACCGCCAGUCACUGGAGGAGUAUGAGAAGAUCCAAGACCUCCUUAAGACUAUUGGUGUGGACCUUGGCGUGGCCGAGAUCACCAAAAUGGCUGCCAGGACCAAAGAGCGUCUCCAUGGGAGCAAACCACCUCCAAAGACGCCCACACGCCGCAGGCAAUACUCCCCUGACAGCUCUGAUGGCAGCCAGCGGGGUCACAGGACGAGGAGCCACAGUGGCAGCUCCAGCAGCACCAGCAGGAGCCGCAGCCAUGGACGGGGUGGCAGUGCCACUGGCUGGAACAGCGAUGAGGACGACCACAGGAAGGCUUCAGCUCCGCCCAAAUCCCACAAAGACCGAGACAUUAAAGAGCGCAAGGGCGAAUAUAGUGAUGCAGCUCCGCUGCCGUCUCAGACGCCAGACCUCAGCUCCCACCCCCCUCACCCAGGUGUGCCCAUUCCCACCUACCCUCCCUCGCAGGUCCCUGGAAUGAUGCCACCCAACUACCCGCCGCCAGGCUACGGCCAGUACGGGAACUACCUGCCCUACAUGCCCCAGCAGUGGCCUCCUAUGUAUCCACCCCCCAACAUCAGGAUGCCCCCUCCUACAGAUGCUGAGGAGUACCCCCCCCCUCUGCCCUACAAACAGGCUUACACCCCUGAGCAGGGGGUCAAAGGGUCGGUGAAGAGCGUCGCUCAGGAUCCAGAGAAGGAAAGCUCCAAAGCCCUGAGAGUCUCUGAGGAGCAGAACAACGAGAGCCAGAAACAGAAGGUUCUGGUGGAAAGAGAGAAUCUUAAGCAGGAGCGGGAGAUCAGGAUGAAGAAGAAGGAGUACCUGAUGAAGGAGCUGGAGAGACUCAGGAAGCAGCAAGGCGAGCUCCUGAGGAAGAAGCGCCGAGAGAAGGAUGGCCACAAAGACCCUCUGUUGCAGGAGAUCAGCCACCUGCAGGAGGAGGUCAUGGCCCAGAUCUCCAACCUCCGCAAGGAGCAUGAGGCCGCCGAGAAGAAACGCCACGAGAUUGAGAAAGUGGCGCUCAUCCUCGGCCUGAGCCCGUCAGACCGGCCCCGCAGGUCCGCCAAACCGCCUGAGGUCCCGGAGGCUGAGCCGCAGACUCCACCGCAGAAGAAAAAACGUGAAGCGGAGAGGAGCCCAGACAGCCAGCGGGUGGCCAGCGGCCCCACAGUGAAGGGGAUGUCUGCGACUCGGUCACCUUCGAGAGCGUCCCCGGACAAGACGCCUGUCACUGCCCCGGCUCCGACCACGCCCCCUGAGCCAUUUGAAUACUAUGAUGCUGGAAACCACUGGUGCAAAAACUGUAAUGCCACGUGUGGUUCCAUGUUUGAUUUUUUCACGCACUUGCACAGCAAAACGCAUCGAAAGACUCUGGACCCGUACGACCGACCCUGGGCUUCCACUCCGGGGAAAAUCUCCAAGAACCUGUCGUCAGAGGAGAAGCUGACGAAACCCGCCAAAGGUUCAGAGUUCCUGCUGCCCAUCAGAGGAUUCUUCUGCCUGCUGUGCAGAGAGUUUUAUGGCGAUGCCAUCUGUGCAGAAGAGCACGUCACCACCCAUGCUCACAAUGAGAAAUAUAAGAAACAAAUGUAUGAGAACCCGCUGUACGAGCAGAGGAGGAACCUGGAUCGCCAGGCAGGACUGGCCUUAGAGGCGAGCGCAAAGAAGCGCAAACAUGACGAUGAUGAGAGAGGCAGCAAAGAGGACAAGACCAAACACAAAAAGGAGAAAAAAGAAAAAGAGAAAAAGAAAGAAGAGGAUGUUCCAAAGGAGGAAAAGUUCAAAAUGAAAAAGGAGGAAGAGGAGGAUAAGCUGAAGCUAAGCAAGACCGAGGAGGAUUCUAAAAAUGCCAGUAGUCUUGAAAAGGAGUGGCCUUCUUACAGCAAGAAAGAUGAGGGUGAAAAGUAUAAAUACUGCAAGAAGGAUGACAAAUACCGCUACAGCAGAGAGGAAGAGGAGAGGGACAGCAGGUACAGAUACAGUAGGGAAGAAGAAUAUCGGUACCGUUAUGACAGGGAUGAAGAUGACCGAUACAGUGACCGUCCCAAAUAUGGGCCAAAAGACGACAAAGACAAAUAUAAAGGUGGCAAAUGUUCAGAUUUCAGAUCCAAAUAUGAAACGGAAAGAGAUGAAGGCAAACCUAAGGCUGAGAGGGAAGGAUUUAAAAAUGAGCAAGAGAAGCUGGCAGUCAGCAAGCCCGAACUACCACCAAAACCCUACGACCUGCCCAAAAUCCUCUGUGGCCCCAGUCCGGCCAUGAGGGCCAAGCUCCGCAAGCAGAGCCUGGAGGCUGGCAAACCAGCUCCACCAGCCACAACUACAUUUGGAAAGUUCAUGUGGAAGAAGAAGGAGAACAUGCUGGCAAAGGAGGCAGAGAAAGUUGCUGCCGAGUUCAUUAAGGAGGAUGAAGCGGCUGCAAAAGAGAAGCCGGUCUCAGCGGAAGACUCUUUUGCUAAGUCAAUGGCUGUUGCCAAAGAGAUCGCAGAGAAAUUGGGAAGCCAGCCAAGCAUAGCUGCUCCCUGGAUGUCCAACCGGGGACGUAUACGGCCCAAUCUCCCUACACCUGCUGUAGGUCUCAGGAAGCCAACCACGAUGGGCAGACCUGCUUCUCUGAAUACCUUUCUGUCCAUUAGACCCCAAAGCACCAGUUUACUAGGGCCUCCUCCAGUUCUCCCUUCUGCUCCCACAAGUUUUGGAAAUGGUCUGCUUCAGACUAAACCUAUCCCACCUGUUAAUAGACCUGGGCCCUUUGAGGCAAUGCGUCCACCAGUGCAUAAACCUGCACUGUUUCAGGUUAGACCUCCACCCCCGGUGUCUGUGUUGGAACUGUCUAAAGUUAAACCUACUCCACCACCAAUUUCUGAGCUCACCCCAAUCCAAUCUGGAGAGGCUACAACCCCUACACAAUCUGAAGUGAAUCCUGCUUCACCAGUUUCUGAACCUGCCACAGUCGAGUCAGAGCCUGCACCAGCAGAGCCUAAACUUCUUAAAUCAUUUGAAGUUAACCCAGCUCCCCCAGUUUCUAAACCUUCUCCAGUCGAUUUGAAGCCGGUCCCAGUAGAGGCUAAACCUUUGCCUUCUUCAGGUAUCACAGCAACUCCAGCACAACCAGCUAUGAUAAAGAUUGUGUCUGAUGUGGCAGCUCCUGGUGUCCCAGAGAGUGAGCAGAUUCAUACGGUGUUUGUCAAACCUCCACCUUUCAUGAAAAAGAGCGAAGUUCAGAAAUCUGACAAAUUCAAGAGAAACCUGGCUGCAGCCAAAGCCCAAGACUUAUUUGAUAUUUUCUACAGCAGCGUUGGCCAAACAGGCCCCUCCUCCUUCAGCAAAUUGGCAUCAGACUCCAGAACUGAGGGGAGUAGUGUUGGUAAAAGUUCAUGUCCAAUUCCACAAAUACCAUCCAACCCACAACUUGAACUGCAGCGUAAACCACAGCCUGAACCACAGUCCCAACUGCAGUCCCAACCACACUCUGAACCGCAGUCCCAACCACACCCUGAACCACAGUGCCAACCACAACUUGAACCGCAGUCCCAACCACACGCUGAACCGCAGCCCCAACUAAAGCCUGAACUGGAGUCCCUACCACAGUCGCAGUCACAAGCUGUUAUCCAGUUCCCACCUCCAACUGAUGUCCAGAAAUGUCCACAACGAGAUCCAGAUGAACACCCACAAAGUCCGUUGACCCCAACAAACUCAGGCAUUCAAAUUGCAUCUGUCUGGUCCUUGCAGUCUUCCAAAGAUUCUACAUCUAAGUUGACUCUACCCAAUGAGACUGACACACAAACAGCUCAACCAAGACUACCCCCCCCACCUCAGUUUGAGGUUCACAUUGCACCACAAAACCAGUCUCUGACUGCCAAAUCUGAUUGUCAAAUUUCCCCAGAAAGUCAGUCUGCUGAGCUGCAGUCCCAGCAUAAACCAGCUUCUGAAAUUCAAACAGAGCUGCAAUCUGAACCGGACCCAAACAAGGACAUCCAGUCCUAUCCAGAACCCCAGUCCCUUGCAGAAUCUGAACACAAACCAAAACCAGGUCCUAAAAUUAGAGGCAAGACGACCCCAACAAAGAAAACCCCUUCUGCUCCCCGCCCAACUCGACAAACCCGAUCCCAAACCAGAUACCAGACCCGGCAGCAGCAGCAACAGAACCAACCUGAACCAGAACCUGGGUCAGCAUCAGGGGACACUGCAGCUUCAGACCCAAAGAGUUUGGAUACAGAAGAUCCUGGAUCUGGAUUGCGGACGGAGGCUGUGGGUCCCAGCGAGGAGGAUCCUCAGAUGAUGGAGAUAACUGCAGAAACACUUGGCCUGCCCUCAGACAUGACCUCGCUGGACUUUGAAUAUGAUUUUAACUUUGAGUAGUAGCCAAUCAGGCUUUGACAUGGGGGCGUGGUUUCAUUUCGACCACUUGUACAUCCAGAAGACCCGAAGCCACAGUCUUUUGUGUCACUUAGUAGAGAUGAGGAAGUGACGAGAAAGACACUUGUGCUGACAGACUUAAGACUUUUGAAACACUGACCUUCACCUGUUUAAAGGACCAGAUUUGUUUAGAGUUUAGUUGUUCUCCAUUUUCUCCAGAAUCUGUUUAUAGACUGGUUUGAUCUUGUAUAGAAACACGCUCACGCAAUUCAACCUCACUUAACAAUUUCCCUGUGAUGCAGCUUUUGUUUACAUAUGGUAGAUCUCAAGUGGACUAACAAAGUCAUUUAAAUACCUUUAAGUAGUUUUAUCUGUGCUGGAUUUGUUUAAGAACUCCCCUUUUUGUUCAGUAGAAUACUUUGUUUGAACUUUGCAGGGCUGAAAAACCUGUCUUGGAAAGGUCCUGGAUUUUUUCCUCAAAACCUCAAAGUUUGGAGGCACUUUGGAAUAAACUUUGCUAUAAAGCAGCUUUUACCUGUGUUACCAUUGAGCUCUGUAGUGUAGUGUUGUUUCCUGUAGACUUAUUGAGGGUCAUCAGUCAGCAGCAGAACCGCCAGUGUGGUGAGUUAUGGUGUCACAUCUAAACAUAGUGGUAGCAAAGAUAUAUGAUGUAGAUGGCUGUCAUUGCAUCCACAGAAGGUAAAACCUCAUAAAAUCAAAUUGCUCACCUGGAUCUGGUUUUAGUACUCCGUACUUGUUCUGCUAGCUGUUGUGAGCUGUUGCUAGCUGGCUCUAACUAAUAAAAACAUACUCAAACUUUCCUGAUGUUUUGGAAUGCUGGGGAGUUCCAAAGGGUGGUCUGUGGAAUCCACAAACCAAGUUCAAAAAGUAAACUGUCUUUAUUUUACGACGCACCUCAUGAUUCAAGGCAACGGAGUCUGUCUGAGGUGUUCUGGGUCAAAAGUGGAGCUGCAACUGAAAAUGAUUUUAAUGUGAACGAAUUUGCAGAUUUUCUGUUUUCAUUAGACUCCCAUGAGUUUCCACACUCUGGGGUGGCCCUGGAACACUUCAUAAUCUUAGAACAUUUUUGACAUGUCAUCCAGAACAGCUGUUUGGGUUCACCUCGUUUCCACUUCCUGUCUCAGGGAAUGUUGUCCCAGGACUUUUCAGGAAAUAAAAGAUUCCUGUAGUUAAAAAACCUGACUGAGCUCAGACAGUUUAUUCUGAAGACAUUUCUUAAAUCUCCAAGCCAUUAGAGGAUUUUUAAGGUUGAACUUUCCGUUAUUGAUCUCAAACCUGGUGGAAGUCUUCCUCGGUAUAAAAGGUCUGAAUUGCAUCUGCAGUUUGAGAGCAAAAUAAAGAAAAGCAGAAUUUGAGUGCUGGACCCCAAAGUUUCUGAACCUUCAGGAGGUUGGCGCCUCACCAGGAGGUGAGGCUUAAUUUAGGAACUGGCUCCUCAAAAGUUUUGUAGUCUCUGGGAAAAGUUCCUGCAGAGGAAAUAUAGUUCACAGGUUCUCAGUGUAGAGUCCAGUUAACAGAUUGUGUUAACUUUCUUCUUGAAGAAUUUGCAGGUGAAGAACCGUAAUCAGAAAUCAGAAAUUGAAUAAAUGAUGUUCACUCAUCAGCUGACUAAACGGCCUAAAACAGAUGAACCUGAUGGGCUUCUGGAGAAAAUUGGAGGACUGCUUCUUUAAAGAACACAGUACUGUUUCUGUCAGGUGUUUCCACAGGUAAUGUCUUGUUUCUUCUCCUGAAGGUAAAAAUCUGCUCACCUUUUUUAGUUUGUUCUGUUUCCUGUUCAAACAGCGAGUUGAUUCUGAUGUUCCUCAAUGAAACUUGGUUUCUGGAACCGCGUCAUGUGUUGUUCCUUCAUUGUAUUUGAAACUGCUCGUCCUGUAAGGUGUUCUUCAACUUAUGUUUUAAUAAAAGGAGAAACUCCAGCAUGUCUGUGGGUUUAUUACAAGAAAACGUUAUCUCAUCUACUCAGGAAAAAAAUUAGAACCUUUAGGAGCAGAGGGGACACUCAGCUCAGAGUUCAGUACUUGUACAGAUACAGAAAGUAAAAAACCUCAUAAAAUUAUGCACUAAAUGUCAAAUGUUUGGAUGAUUGUAGGGUAUAAUCCAAAUCAUUUUGUGAUAUUUAUUGUAAUUUUUCUUUCUUUAAUAUGCUUUUGACAGUAUUAUUCAUAUCUCACAGGGAUAAAGAAAUUUUCCAAAAAUUCCUGCAUCCAGAUCUGGAUAGACUCCGGAAGAUCAUCAGUUCAUUCA